GUAUUUGCUAUUUAAAAAACUAAUUUCAAAUAAUUCAAUAGGACGCCGACCGAAACUAAACACAUACGCCGACCAGAAGUGUUCCCUGAGACUGAUAUAGCUCCACCUCGUUCCAUCGCAAUCAUCGUAUGCCUUAACAACGUUGUCUCACUAGUCAUCUCUUACUUACAUUAGUAUCAGGGCAAAGUGAGAUGGCAAGUCUAAAGAGCAUUUUGAGUGUGGCGGUUAAUACUGGGGUAACUGAGGCUAGGGCAAGGAUAUUCGGGCAUAUGCUCAACCCCACAGGCCUGAAGUCUGCGCAUAAGAUUCUGCGUAAGAAGCUGAUUGGGGAGAAAGUUGCCCAGUGGUACCCACAUGACAUCCGGAAAGAUGACCCCCUAGUCAUGGAAGCUGAGGAAAAAGAGCGCACCAACAAGCUUGAAAUAUUAAAGCGUCGAGGAAAAGGACCGCCCAAGAAGGGUCAAGGAAAGCGUUCUAAGCGCAAGAGCUAGUAUUUUGACAUGUUGAAGUUGGUUCUUGAAUGGUGUUUGAAUAAAGAGACCACUAGGAUUUGAACUUUUGAUUAGUUUAUUUGAAAAUAAAUUCAAUUUUUGCUGUCCCAGUUUUUUUUAAACAGUGGUACCAGUUGUAUGUGGAAGGAUAUAUAUAUUGUUUCAGACAAAUUUUUCUAUAUUCAGAAUGCUAAAUUCACCCCAUCUUCAG